UGGCUGUUCGCUAUGUACAAGGAUGUGCACUUUACCGUCUCGGCAUGCUCGCUCGGUGUAAACUUGAACUUUAAUGAGUUGCAGCGUUUUCACUGGAAGGUUAUGGUCCCCACCUUGAUAAAGACCUACUUGUACGUGGACAUACUUGUAGACAAUUGGUGAAUGUUCUGGACAAUUGAUGAAUGUUCUGCAGAAUUAUUGAAAUGUUCUGGAAAUUGGUGAGUGUUGCUGGAAGUCGCACUGAGCAAGAACAUCUUAUGGCGUCUGGCAGAUGGUUUGAGAUCCUUCGCUUCGAGAAUACUAGAUUCGAGGAGGGUUCUCGAUGUAUCCAUGCCGAGUAUUCAGCAGGAGACGACGGUCAAGUUAAGGUAGUGAACUCCGCCAUAGACGAGGCUACCGGAGAGCCAAACUCAGUCGAAGGGUACGCUUAUGCACCAAAUCCUGAGGUACCAGCCAAGCUGAAAGUACAGUUCGGAGAGUCAUUCUUUGCUGGAAAUUACUGGGUGCUCGACACCGACUACGAAACGUUCUCCAUGGUGCACUCCUGCACUGGGCUCUUCUUCUUCAACUUCCAAAUCAACUGGCUUCUCAGCCCAACCCAGACCCUCGAGACUGGCGGCGUGCAAGACGCCUUGAGAAAGUUUGAAGACGCUGGGAUUGAUGUCUCUCGUUUCAUCGAGUCUAACCAGAGAGGAUGUCCUGAGUUCUAGAUUUUAUCAAACAUACUUUUGUCCAUCCUUUAUGGCUAAACUGACGGAGUUGACGGAACGAUCCAAUGAAAGUACAGGCCAAAUUAAAAUCUAGACCAAAAGAAUAUAUUGAACAAGUUAAGAUGCAAUUAUAAGAAGGUCUACAUGUAACUAUUAUCUGAAAAGCCUCAAGACCGGUUCAUAUGUCAUGCGAAUGCUAUAAGUCUUUUUUAGACAUGGCGGACUUAAUGCUACAACACUAUAAUACUGGGGUAAUUGGGUGUUUAUACACCAAAACCAAAUACUAUAGGGUGCGUUCGUUUAGCUUCCCUGGCGUCGACCCC